AUGCGUGUUACCACUCUGUUAGCUGGAAGAAAAGUUAAAGACGUGGAAACACAAGCCAACCUUUUAUUUGAUCGGUUGAAGCCGUUGAAGAUAUUAGAAGAGAGCCUGAGCAGAAACCUUUCAGAAAUUAAACUGCUGAUCAACCAGGCCCGGAAACAAGCAGCUUCUAUUAAAGUCGCUGUGUCUGCAGACAGAGAUUGUAUCCGGGCCUACCAGCCUCAGAUUUCUUCUACUAACUACAACACCUUAACACUAAAUGUUAAGACGCGUGAACCUGAUAAUCUUCUCUUCUACCUCGGUAGCAGCACCAGUUCUGACUUCCUUGCUGUGGAGAUGCGGCGAGGGAACGUGGCCUUCCUGUGGGAUAUGGGCUCCGGCUCAGCACGGGUGGAGUUUCCUGACUUCCGCAUUGACGACAACCAAUGGCACAGCAUCCAUGUAUCCAGGUUUGGAAACACUGGUUCGUUGAGUGUAAAGGAAAUGAGCUCAACUCAAAAGCCACCAACAAAAACAAGUAAAUCUCCUGGAACAGCUGAUGUUCUGGAUAUAAACAAUUCAACCCUAAUGUUUGUUGGAGGACUUGGAGGACAAAUCAAGAAAUCUCCUGCUGUGAAGGUUACUCAUUUUAAAGGCUGCAUUGGAGAGGCCUUCUUGAAUGGAAAAUCCAUCGGCCUGUGGAACUAUAUUGAAAAGGAGGGCAAGUGCCAUGGCUGCUUUGGGAGUUCUGGUGGCUACAAGUCUGAAAUCAAGGUGUCAGCAGGGCUGCUUCAUUUUGAGGGCUGCGAGAGGCAGCCUGUACCAUGCACCCAGCUUCAGGUACCUUCAGAUUUUUGUGCUGGUUGUUUGCAUGUCCUUCCCUACAGGAAAGGUGUCAGUAGCAAAAGCUAUGUGGGCUGUAUCAAGAACCUGGAAAUAUCCAGAUCGACCUUUGAUUUACUCAGAAAUUCCUAUGGAGUGAGAAAAGGCUGUGUACUAGAGCCCAUCCGAAGUGUGAGCUUCUUGAAAGGUGGCUACGUUGAAUUGCCACCCAAGUCUUUGUCACCAGAUUCGGAAUUGCUGGCAACGUUUGCCACCAAGAACAGCAGUGGUGUCAUCCUGGUGGCCCUCGGCGGAGGUUCGGAGCAGCAGGGUCGUCGGCAGGCACGCGUGCCUUUCUUCUCCAUCAUGCUGAUUGAUGGCCACGUUGAAGUUCAUGUCAAUUCUGGGGAUGGAACCAGCCUGAGAAAAGCUCUCCUGCACGCUCCCACAGGCACUUACGGUGAUGGACGAGAGCAUUCCAUUUCCUUGGUUAGGAAUCGGAGAAUUAUCACUGUCCAAUUGGAUGAGACCAAUUCUGUAGAAAUGAAGUUGGGCCCAUUAGCAGAAAGCAGGACAAUAAAUGUGUCCCACCUGUACGUAGGAGGAAUGCCAGAGGCUGAGGGGACAUCAAUGUUCAAAAUGAGAAGCUCAUUCCAUGGCUGUAUCAGAAACCUGAUCUUUAACAUGGAACUGUUGGAUUUCACCAGCGCGGUGGGCUAUGAGCAAGUAGACUUAGACACCUGCGUGCGUUCAGAAAGACUGAGGCUGGCUCUUCAUGGAGAGGACCACGACCUCCUGCCAGAGUCCCUGGGUCCACCAAGUCCAGAACAGUGUGCAGUGGACACAGCUCCAGAGUAUGUUCCCAGCGCUCACCAGUUUGGCCUCAUGCAAAACAGCCAUUUCGUGUUACCUUUUAAUCAGUCGGCUGUCAGAAAGAAGUAG